AUGGCAGAAACCAAAACCAAAACCUACACCAUCCGGCACGCCCGCCAAUCCGACGUCCCAGUCAUCCUAAGUCUCAUCCGCGAACUAGCAGACUACGAAAAAGCACUGGACCAAGUUCAUGCCACGGAGCAGUCGUUGUUGGAGACGUUGUCGUUUGUUGAUCCCUCGAAAGAGGGCGAGUUUACGGAGGGGUAUGCGAAGACCUUGUUGAUUUUGGACAACAACAAUGGUGGUACCGGCACCGGAGGUGACGGUGACACCGGACACAACAACAAUACCACCGACAGCGAUGUCAACAACUCCGGUACCAUCGGUGGUGCAAGCACCACCUCCGGUCCCUCCGUCGCCGGUAUGGCCCUCUACUUCCACAACUACAGCACCUGGACGGCCGCGCCAGGAAUAUACCUGGAAGACCUGUUCGUGCGCCCGUCACACCGAGGAAAAGGGUUCGGGGUGGCGCUGUUGCAGGCGUUGGCGAGAGAGUGUUUGAGACUCAAUUGCAAAAGAUUGGAUUGGAGUGUUUUGAAGUGGAAUCGCCCCAGUAUUGAGUUUUAUGAGUCGGAGAAGGUUGGGGCGAAAAUGUUGGAUGAGUGGGUCGGGAUGAGGGUUGAUGGGGAGAGGCUGGUGAAACUUGCUGGUGGAAAGAAGGAAUGA